GUCGCGGGAUGACUGGUGCGCGCGGCUGCACCUGGCGUGUCGUUGUCAUUGCGAAGUUGUUAUAGAAACCGUGAAGCAUGAGUAGAGAAGCGUAUCGAUACCGUGUGUCGGUCAUGGUGUCGCUCACUUGACCGCGUCGAAAGGCAUCGCGCAAUAUGGCGCUGGUUGUCGCCCUGUUCCUCGUGCUGUGUCUCGUCCAGUGCGACACUAAGACUGUGCUGCAGGAUAAACUUGCGGGUGUCCGCACUGUGGAUGUCCAGGCGGUGGAGGGCAUGGUGGCGCAGUUCCCCUGUGACCUCGGCACGGCUGCCAACGACAAGGUGUACAUGGUUUUCUGGUUCCGGGACGACGCGGGCAUACCAUUGUACAGUUUUGACGUGCGCGGCAAGCACCUGUCGGAGGCGCGGCACUGGUCGGCGCCUGAGGUGUUCGGCCCGCGCGCCCACUUCCAGUUCAGCCCGCCGCCCGCUGCGCUGGUCGUCAGGGACGUCAAAAGACGCGACGAGGGCGUCUACCGCUGCAGGGUCGACUUCAGGAACACGCAGACCACCAGCUUCAGAUACAACCUUACCGUAGUUGUGCCUCCAGAGAAGCCAGUGGUGGUGGACCGAUGGGGUCGCGUCAUCAACGCUACGACCCUCGGCCCUCAUGAAGAGGGAGAUGACGUGCUGCUUACGUGCCGCGUUUUAGGAGGUCGUCCAGAGCCGUCAGUGCGGUGGCUGGUAAACGGCGUUCUGGUAGACGAGGAGUAUGAGCAUAAUACCGGUGACGUGAUCGAGAACCGCCUCCUCUGGCCUCAGAUCAGCCGCGGUGACUACGCUGCCGUGUUCACCUGCCAAGCGGCCAACUCGCACCUCGUUCCUCCUAAGGAGGUCUCUCUGGUGCUUGAUAUGUUUUUAAAACCACUGACAGUGGAGAUCAACAAGCCAGUGGAGAUGGGUGAGGGGGGAGUGUUGACGGCUGAGCGCCGCUACGAGGUGACAUGCGAGUCAGCCGGCAGCCGUCCACCCGCUGUCAUCACCUGGUACAAGGGCAAGAGGCAGCUCAAGAGGAUCACUGAGGAGUUAAGAGACAACCUGACAGUGAGCGUGAUGAGUUUCGUCCCAACGCUGGACGAUGAUGGCAAGCCCAUCACCUGUAAGGCUGAGAACCCCAACGUCACUACGCUCUAUCUUGAGACCUCGUGGACUAUCAAUGUUGUUUAUCCUCCUGUAGUUAAACUGCGCCUGGGCAGUUCAUUAGCAGCCAGUGACAUUAAAGAGGGCGAUGACGUCUACUUCGAGUGCCACGUGCGAGCCAACCCGCCAGCUAGGAAAUUGUCCUGGCUUCAUGACGACCGCCCACUGGCUCAUAAUGCAACAGCGCGGGUGUUCCACAGCAACCAGAGCCUGGUGCUGCAGAAAGUAACGCGGCACAGCAGCGGCCGGUACGCCUGCUCAGCGCUCAACGCUGAAGGGGAAACUGUCUCCAACGAACUGCACUUCAGGGUCAAAUAUGCUCCGUCGUGCCGUACUGGUGGGGUUGCCGUGGUGGGUGCGGCGCGGGGCGAGUCUGUGGUGAUAGUGUGCGAGGUGGACGCCGACCCACCAGCCGCGGUCUUCAAGUGGAAGUUCAACAACUCCGGGGAGACCAUCGACGUCGCCGCCGACAGGUACACCAGCAACGGCAGCGCCAGUAGUCUCAAAUACACUCCAGUAGCAGACUUGGACUAUGGGACACUGUCGUGCUCAGCAUCCAAUGAAGUUGGAUCACAGCUGUCGCCGUGCGUCUUUCAAAUGGUGGCUGCGGGCAAACCUCACGCGCCUCGCAACUGCACCUUGUGGAAUCAGACAUCAGACUCGGUGGAAGUGUCGUGUGUGGCAGGCUUCGACGGGGGCCUGCCACAGAAAUUCCUACUCGAAGUCUACUCUGGCAGCGACCACAUUCCAAGGAUGAACCUGUCAUCGGAGGAGCCGUCGUGGACGGUGCGAGGGCUGGAGUGGGACGUGCGGUUCCGGCUAGUGGCUGUGGCUGUGAACAGUAAGGGGCGCUCGCCCGCCGCCCGGCUAGCUGACAUCCUCUUCAGAGACCCCGAGAAGCGAACAGCUUCAGAAGCGCCGCUUGGCGUCGGCGGGCUGCUGGGCGCGAUGGGCGCCGGGCUGGGCGCCGUGUGCGCGCUGGUGGCGGGCGCGUGCGCCGCGUCGCUGCGCCGGCGCCGGCGCGCGCCGCACGGCAAGCCGCCGCCCGCGCAGCUAGUGACGCGUGACAUCACCCCCAAGCUGCCCGACCACGACGACGCAGAGCCAGACUUAAUUCCUAAUAACUACUGUGAAGCGACAAGUGCACCAAGUUUAGCGGUGUCGUCGCCAGGGCGGACGGCGCCGGCGCCGCUCACCACAGCUGCAUGUAACGGCCCGGGCGCGUCGUGGACGUGGGGCGCGCGGCCCCGCGAGCUGGGCGUGGGCGCAGAGGCCGUCAGACCCGUGAUGAUGGGGCGCAGCGCGUCGGCCACGCUCCGCGCCGCCGCGGACCUCAACGUCGACGCCAUCAAAGAGAAACUCCUCGACCACCGGAUUCCGGAGUCGUGUGUCUAGUCUAGCGUAGUCUAAGGGUUGCUGUGCUUCUACUGACGCAGUCUUUGGAAGUGUUUUGGUGUGAUUGGGAAAUUUUACUACCGUCAAAAAUGUUGCCCACUAUCGAUAGUUUAAAAAGACCGAUAGUGAUUUUGUAGCACUUACUUUACUUUGGAGUACUGCGGGGCGGAAGGCAAGAGGGAAACCACUGCCCUAUUUGUCCGUAAAAAGUAGCAUGGAGAAUGCUACACCGACAAGAGCAUAGCUCUUAAAUUAGUGAUGUGAUGAGCACUUACCC